CAGGCACAAUCGAUGUCAGGUAUCGGUGGAAAAGGAGGCAAGGGAGGCAAAGGCGGCAAGGGCGUUACAUCCAAGCGAGCACCACAGUCACGAUCGCAGCGUGCUGGUCUCCAGUUUCCCGUGGGUCGCAUUCAUCGCUUCCUGAAGAAGCGUGUGGCCAACAAUCAACGCGUGGGUGCCACGGCUGCCGUGUAUGCCGCCGCCAUCAUGGAGUAUUUGACUGCCGAGGUGCUGGAGCUCGCGGGCAAUGCGUCGAAAGAUCUCAAGGUGAAGCGCAUUACGCCGCGCCAUUUACAACUUGCUAUCCGCGGAGACGAGGAGCUAGACACGUUGAUCAAGGCCACGAUCGCGGGUGGCGGCGUCAUCCCGCACAUUCACAAGAACCUCAUUAACAAGCAGAACAAGAAGCGGAUGCCGCUGUAGAGCACACAAAGAAACCACUUUAUGUAGUUUCUUCUCGGCUUCUCCCUUCAGCGAUUGUGUUGCACUCAUGCGACGCGUAUAUAACUAAAAUUUGAGUUUCUGUCAGCU